GCUCUCGACGCUCACUGCUCAGACCUCUCCACUGUGGCCAGAGUAGCGGGAGCUCUCAAUGCCCUUGUUGAUAAUAUGCGCGAAGGUUCUUAUCAGGGUUCCACACGUUUAUUGAGUCGGUACAUGGCGUGGUGCGCGCUGCGGCGACGUCUGCAUCGCGUCUCGCAGCUGCACUCCGUCGCCGCCAGGAGCUUCGCCGCCGCGCACGCCUCGCAUCAUCUACUCCUAGUACUAGACUCGUUGGUGCAGACGUGUGAGCGUGGCGGGCCGGCCGGGUUCGUGUUCCCCGUGGAGCGCUCCAGCCUGACUCGCCGCGGUGCGCGUGACGGUGACUGGGCGUCUGACGCCGCUUGCAUCAGGAAUUGUCUUUUGCACCUUCAUAAACUUGCUGUCGGGGAAGAAAUUCAGCGAUCACCAUCAGAGACAUUAGAGAACGCAUUGUUCAGUCGCUGGGAGAGUGUCAACAGAGAGUCCAAGUCCUCGCUCCCUGCACACAGCUACAGUCCGCGUCAGCUGCGGUACUUGAGCCGAGUGGCCAACGAACUGAUCAAAUGCAAGAACAUGAUGGCAUAUGAGGAUGGAAACACAUUCAAAGCGAAUCUGAUACAAGCCACAUCCCAGCACCAGGAGUCCAUAGAGGAGCUGGUGCAUAUCCUGGCUAUAGCGCUGGACCAGGCGCGGGAUGCCUAUCUUAAUAACUUUCAAAGUAGGAAUAGCGGAGAGUUUGAUAAGGAAUUAUCGGUUUACAGGUGUAAGAAGUGGAACAAACUAAAAGGCUAUUACGAUGCAUCAUCAGCGUGCCUCAUAGACGCGGCCAGGAGAGAUCCAGAACUAAGAAAAGAAGACUUAUCUGACAUUAAUCUGAUGAAACACGUCCUGCUUUGGCUACACAAAGGUGUUAAAGAAGAUAAGAAAUAUUUAGCACCAGUUUUAAAACCUUACCUAGAUGGUCUUUUCGACGUUUCUAUAGAAAAUUGCUGGUUUUUGGAAGAGUUUGAUGCUAGGAAAUGCGAGUUGGAGCUGAAGGGUCUGGAGGAAUAUUGCUUGGGAGUUCAUAGCGGGGAGAUUGAGCCGUGUAUGGGAUUAUUGGAUGCUGCUAAAACAAUGAGCUGGGCGAAGGCUAUGGUCGAUUUUGUGGAUAGAUUCCGUCAUGUAGAGUUCCGGCUGGUGUUCCCUACUGGCGAAGGUGUUGCGGUGUCGUGCCCCGUGCGGUUACCGUCGCGCCGCGAGCACAGCUCCGCGCGGGCGCUGACUCUCAGCCGCCGUGACAAGGCACACGCCAAGAUCAAACUGAGCAACAGAUGUGUCCUCGCCGCAUUCCACUCAGCUCUAGUGGGCGAUAGAGGGUCCAAAUCAAGAAACAUGAGACGACACGAGAGCUCAGAAGAAAUACUUCGCAGUGUUAAAUCGGGUAACUUCUGGAGAAAUAGCACUAAACCAGACAUAAUUCCAUCUAGUUCCGUACAAGACGUGUCCACUCUCGACAACCUAUCGAGAGUAAGAAGAUCACGAAGAAGUAGACCGGCUUCUUACGGCUUUCCAGAAAUUUCCAUCACAGAUCAAUCAGAUAAAAAGACGUUGAGACGAAAGUAUCAUACUCUGAAGAGUUUAGUGUACACUGAACCAGUGGAAAGCAUCAAAGAGUUAAAGAGACGGCCGAGGUCUGCCGGGUCUACUGUGAGGAACAAGGAAGCACUGAGUAGACCGAGUUUGUUAGAGACGCUGGAUUUCAUAAAUGGUGUAAAGGAUGCGUUGUAUGAAGAGUCAGGUACAUCGGAGGCGGAGGAUUGCGGGUGGUCGUACGAGGAGGAGUGGCUGCUGAGCGGCAGGUCGCCGCCCAACUUGGUGGCGGGACUGAGCGCGCCCGAGCUGCUGCAUCUCGCGCUCGGGGACCUCGUCUCCGGCUUGCUGCAGCGCGGCAAGUUCACGAUUCUCCAAGAGCUGUGUACAUACCUGGGCAGUAGCGGGGAGGGCGCGCUGUUCGCGCUGCACCGGCUGGCGCGCGCCGCUCGCUCUAGAAGCAGCGAGAGAGCUGCCAAUAAUUGGAAGUUACCGGAGUCAGUGGACGAAGCAAGACAGUCAGUGCAGCGCUACCGGAGGCGGCCACCGGACGAUGUGUCCGGGGAUGAGGCGCCCCCGCAGCCCCCGCAGCCCCCGCAGCCCCCACCACUACCCCGUACCCUCACCAAAACUAAUAAGAUUCCCAAUCACUACCCAGAUUACAUAUCAUCAAAACGUCUCCAAGAUCUAGAGAAUCAUCUUAAUUAUCUCGAACAAGUUAAAUCUCGUUUAACAUUACAACAAAAUUUAAACUACCGUCAAAAUUGUACCGGCAUCAUAAAUCCUAUUUACGACAUCAAAAUGCCAAAAGACAAGUUUACAGUCAAAAGAACAAAGUCUUUGGGCAGGACAUUUAGUUCUAGACAUAUAGGUUUAGAAAUAACAAGAUAUAACCUAACACUAGGUCCUAAGUCUGGGAAGAAGACUAAUGACGUGGUGACCGCUAUGAACGGCACAAGUGGAGAAACUGGUCUAGAUCUGAGGAGUCACUUCCAACAAAGAUAUAGUAACGAAAAUGUUGUCGGCGAUUCUUAUAGAGUUAGCAGAGUCACUGUUGACUAGGAUUUUAUAAAGAUUUGUAAAAAUCCUCAAAUUCAAAGAUUUGUGUUAUUUAUUUUGCAUCGUCUAUU